AUGGUACACCUCACCCCUGGAAACGUCCUAUUCAACUUACAAGACCUACGUCGGUACAACAAAGAUGACAUGUAUAGUUUUUUCGGCCAACCCAAGACUGAACCGGUUAGGACGGUAUCCGGAGAGCCUACGGGCCCUGAGACCCGGAGAUAUAUCGUCAAGCCAAUCGACUUCCUAGCUUCGAAGGUGAAUUUUAUCUUGCCCAGCGUUAGUCUAAUCGAUUUCGACCUAUCAUUCUUACUCUCCAAGCCGCAUAAUGAGGCCCCAGGAUGCCCUACGAUGUACGUUGCACCAGAAGUUGCAUUGGGUCGGCCAGCUGGCUUUGCGAGCGACGUUUGGGCGCUAGGUUGCACAAUUUACGAGUUAUGCCAUGCCGUGGAGACCUUUCCCUUGGGGCGAAUUCAUACUUUUAAGGGCCUUUUCAAAGAAAUAACUAAGAUGAUUGGGUACCCUCCCCAAUCUUGGGGGCCUAUUCUAUUUAACGAUUUCGGGUACCCGACGAAGGACCCAGACGAAGGCGAGCCCCUAGAUGAAGUCGAUGAUAUGAUGUCCAUUCGAGAGCUCGUGGAGAUGCUCCAAGACCCCUGGCCUGAGGCUAGCCUCAACAAUCUCGACGAGUUCCCAGAAGGUUUUCUGGGCAUAUUCUAUAAACCCGCCGCGGCACACGCUAUGUCUAAGAAAAUGGGCCUCGGGACGGAACAUAUUACUAGACGAGAAGCGGAUCAGCUCACGGACCUCCUUGGACGAAUGUUCGUCUACGAGCCAGCGAAACGAGCAAGGGUUGACGAAAUUAUGGACCAUCCUUGGUUUGACUUCGAGAAAUUACCGGAAGGCCAGUCCAUCAUAGGAUUACCGGAAGACGAGAACGCGGGUAUCUAA